AUGAGCGCUCCGUCGGCGGCGGAAACCGACGCCCAAGCAGAGGGCGUCGCCAACACAUCCGGCGUCACCACCGAGUCUUUGCAGAGGACCAUAACCGAGAAGCUAGAAGCGAAACAUGUUGACAUAGAAGACAUGUCAGGCGGCUGUGGCCAGAUGUUUCAAGCCAUGAUCGUCUCACCCCUCUUUGAGAAGAAGAAUAGUCUCGCACGACAUCGACUCGUCAAUUCAGCCUUGAAGAGUGAGAUUGCAGCUAUUCAUGCCUGGACACCAAAGUGCUUCACACCUGAGGAAUGGGAGAAAAAGCAGUCGCAAUAA